AUGUGGCCCAGUGCUGACUCUGGCCUUCUGCAAAUAGAGGUUAUUGACAGCUUACAGUUGUUGCUGGAAGCAGAGGGUGUUCCUGCUGCGAGUUUCUUUCAAUGCCUUGAAGAGCUAUGCAUGAAUGGCUGUCAGGGUACACAGGUUGAGCUGGACCUCGUGAGGUGGGUAAUAACUUCUUCCCGUCGACUUCGCAGGAUGUACAUUAAGAUGGCAGAUAUAUUGGACUCCCGAGAGGGUUUCAAAUUCUUGAAGGAGGUGACACGAUAUAAGCGCGCUUCCACAGAAGCAGAGGUCAUAUGUGUCUUGAACGAGGAGGAUGAGGCUUCGUAGCUUCACUCUUCAUACCCUCCAUCUGACUUCUUUGAAGUUUAACGGUCAUAACAUUUUCGACCAACGAGGCUGACAUUUUGUAGCUCGACUCUAAACCCCUUUAGGUCAUCUUUUGUCAACUUCU